CAACUUCCAGCCAAUUGCGUUGCGAUAAUGGGUCACGUGACGUAACAGCGGCACUUGGACAUGUAAACAUUGGAGUUAUGGCGGCUAACCCUACUGACCGCACCUCGGUAAGUGAAUUUAUCAUUAUAUUAUUUUUCAGAGAUGAAAUUAUAUGCAAUACUUGACACGUAAAAGGAUCAAAUUGAAAAUGGCAGCGAAAUGGCAGCAGUCCUUACAAGUUUCUGAGCGUAAUGAAAGUUAUUCGUGUGCUUUACUGUCAAAGAUUAACGCAAAGCAGUGAUUUAUUCCGAGUAGUAUUAUCAAUGAUGUAUGCUUGCCGAAUGUGUACAUAAGUAUUUGCGAGGGAUAAAAAAAAAAUGAAAAUAACAUAAAGCUAAACUAACUGGUAAUGAACUAACUGUUUGACUUUAUUUGUAGUAACUGUUGUAUUCUUUUCGUCUCAUAGGAACUGUUGAGUCAUGUUUUAGAAAGACUUCGGUGUCGUUUGGAACGUAUUGUGGAACACAUGCCUCUGGAUCUGGACUUCCUAGAGUUCACCUGCACACAAGAACUUGUGCUUUUAAAUGCUCUGUCGAGUCAGGUGCCCAUCUGCCCAGGCAUUUUAAAUGCAAUGGCAGAACUCCACGGUCUUAUAAAUGCUGAAAAAGACAGAAGCAAACAACACAUGGCAGUUGUGGAGUUUGAAGAAGGGCCAUCAGGGCGGCAACGAAUGGCCGUAUCUUCUGAACACCUUUGCCAACUGCUGGAACUUAAUUUAUCUGUACCAUGUAUCGCCAAACUUUUGGGUAUAUCCAGGAGUACACUGUACAGACGCAUGGCUGAGGUUAACCUUUCGGUAAGGAUGCUGUACAGCACCAUUACUGAUGAAGAGUUGGACCAGUGUGUAGGAGAAAUCAUAUCCCGUCAGCCUCACUGUGGAUACAGAAUGAUGAAGGCACUGCUGCAAGCCAGAGGACUGAGAGUGCAGUACAACCGCAUCAGAACUUCCAUGCACCGUGUUGACACCAGUGGCAUUGUUUCUCGUACACUUGGUUUGAGAUGCAUAAAUCGUCGGACCUACUCAGUUCCAGGCCCUCACACCCUGAUGCACAUUGAUACAAAUCACAAACUGAUACGCUACAACAUUGUUAUUUUUGGUGGCAUUGAUGGGUUUUCUCGUAAGGUGAUGUACCUUGGUGCAGCCACCAAUAACCUGGCAUCAACUGCCCUGGCAUUUUUCCAAGGAUCAAUUGAGAAGUUUGGUUUUCCAUUAAGGGUACGUGGAGAUCAGGGGGUAGAAAAUGUGGACAUUGCACGCCUCAUGUUCACAGUCCGUGGUACUGGAAGGAGCAGCUUCAUAUCUGGGAAGAGUGUUCAUAACCAACGGAUUGAGAGGUUGUGGAGAGACCUGUGGGUUGCUGUAACAAGCAUCUACUAUGAUGUUCUUCACUACCUUGAAGAAGAGGGCUUCCUCAGCAUUGGAAAUACCAUACACAUCUUCUGUUGCCAUUAUGUGUUCAUGCCACGCCUCCAAAAUGACCUAGACACCUUUCGUAGUGGUUGGGACAAUCACCCACUAAGAACAGAAGGCCACAUGACUCCAAACCAGCUGUGGGUUCUGGGUUUUGCACGCCAACCAGUUCCUACACCAGAUAACACAGAGGAUAUGGAGUUGCCCAGCAUCGAGUGGGAGGACAGUGGACUUCCUUGUGAGGACCACUCAAGCAUUGUUGUCCCAGACACAGUGUGCCCUCUAACUGAAGGACAAAUGAGUGCUUUAAGAGAUGCAAUAAAUCCAAAAGCUGCAUCCCAGUCCUUUGGCAGCGAUAUUUACAUCGCUGCCGUUCGGUUUUGUGGGGAUUUGCUUCGUGAAGAUGGCUGAAUUUCUUAUCUGAAUAAGAUCAUCAGAAUGACUAUACUUAAAUCGUUUCAAAGUUGACAUCAAUGCGAUAACUGAAGACUUUAUUUUUUAUUGUAUUUUUAUUAUUUUAUUAUUGUAUUUUUAUUUUCAGAACAGAAAAUGUGUUGCCACUGUUAUGAAUGCUGCAACAACGGACACUGAUUCUCUGAGUUAACAUUUAAACUCUCUCUGCUUGUGUAUUAAAACAUGCAAACUUGUGUAAAAUUGGCAGAGAAAUCUCCAAGUAAUAGUAAUAAAUUUAAAACAAUUUGCAAACAUUUUAAACUUGCUCUCUGUCUGUGUAUCUUAAGACAUGCAAACUUGUGAUGUGUAAAAUUGGCAGAGAGAAAUCUCUGAGUAACAGUAAUUCUUUUAAACACAGUUGUAAACAUUAAACAAUGGAAAUGUCAAACAUUAAAGGUUACACUAAACCAAAUCCUGUGUGGCAGGUAUUGAUAGAAGCCAAGAUGUCACUCUGGAAUGAUGAGUAAUCUUUGUAAUGACAUGGAAUGCGCAAGGUCUCGAAGCAGGUUGAAGCCGUGAGGUAUCUUCCUGUGAUUAUCUCAACGGAGAGACUUACGGGCAACAACUCCCAGCCUGUCCAAAAUUUGACAAGAUCC